AUGGACUCAUAUUCGGAACAACGUUCUCAAGACGCUGAACCAAUUGUAGUUUAUCACAACAAUGACUACGUGCUGUUAGAAGACAACGAACUUCAACAAUCAGUGAACAGAAGGAGUUUAUUUUCUUCCUUUAAAAUUUUUAAGUUGAAGGGACCAAUUGACGUCAAUCUCUUGUUAGACAUUCUUUUUCCGUCAAGGGAUAAGGGGUACUUUGAAGUGGAUGUGUCUGAUUAUAAUGGGGAAAGUGCCAAGGUUAGAUUUAAUUUCUCUAGUAAGACUCAUGUGGACCUAAUUGGAUAUCUGCAACGGGCAGCACAAAAUCUUUUCCAAUUUUCCGGGAAUGGUCUUCGCGACUGGAUACCAGCGGACAAAGUAACCAACCAACUAGUUUAUGGGAAUACCUAUAAACAACUUUCUACAUUUACUACAGAUCAUUCCAACAAUGGUGAGGAAUAUCCGGAAAUUGACGAGAACGGCUUAAUUGCUGAGUUGGAAAGUUUAGCGGAACAAAUAAAUUCACAACGCAAAGGUCUCAGUGACGAAGCAUUGAAUAAGAUAUUUUUUUAUGUAUUCAGAAGGAGUGAUAUGAGCGUAAAUCUCUAUGACAUAAGAGAUGAAUUCUUUAGCCAAUUAAGCAUUGUACAAUUUGUACGCGGUCAAAGUGUCGGCAAGGAAGACAUAAGCUCCCCUGAUCAAAUUAAAGGUCUUAUUUGUAAACUCGUAUUAUGGAAGCUACAAGGUCUUAUUGAUAAAAGUCUACCGAAAAUUAUAAAAGAUCAGAAAUUUUGCCUUGCAAUAGUAUUAUGGAACUUCAUCAACACUUUGUAUGCAGUUCACAAGUCUUAUCAAGUUCUCAAAGAUAGCAAUGCUAAGUUUAGAGAAAUUCUUCGAGAGAAGAAAACCAUUUUUAUCUCAUGCUUGAACAACAUGGAACAGUGGCUUGUGGGGAUGUUAAAAAUUCUUGCGAAUGAUCUUGAUCAAUCACAGUAUAGUAAAUUCCAAAUGCGACUUGAAGGUUUUUUGACUGCCGCUGAGAAUCUGUUGGAUACUAUCAAAAUCAUAGCUGUGGAAUAUGAUAGUGAGAUUAAAACAUUGGAAGAUCAAGAAAAAGGUUUGUCCGUUAAGUGGUGGCUUUCGGCUUUUAUUUUUGGAAUUACUGCAACUUUGGGUGCAGGAUACAUCGCAUAUAAACAUCACAACAACCAAACUGUAACCAAGACAGAGAAAUUUAUUGCUGCUGGUAUGGGAACAGUUGGUGCUGCAGCGUUAACAUCAGGGCAUUUCGUGCUUGGAGAUCUCAAGAGUGCAAUUCUGCGUCAAACCCGUAUGCUAGGAGAAUUAAAAGGUAUGCACGAUAAACUAAAUUAUUGGCAAAAAUGCGGAAAGGAUCUACAAACAUGGGAUCAAGGGAAAAUGAAUCAACACCGAAAUAUUUUGAUCCCACAAUUGAAUCAGAUUAAGCUUCAGAGCAAAGAAUUUGAAAUUUUGUUUGAUUGCGAAGAU